AUGAAGUUCUCUUUAGUCUCAUCACUUAUUUUCAUCGCCGCUACCAGCGUGCUCGCCUCCCCCCUCGCAGCAUCCGCCGACGGUCUCACACACGAUGAGCUGCUAGCACGCGACCUGGUUUCCUUGCACACGCAAGACACCGGCAACGGGACAUCCCUAGAGUACUUCGGGGUGCCUGACAGCACGACAAAGCGGUGGACGCCCACGCCUACCCUAGAACGGCGCAAGUCGACAACAUGCUCGGCGUACCCCACACCCUCGUGCGACAACAAGGAUAACGAGGCGCAGAACGAGCUCUGCAGCAGCCUCGUCGACAACCUGUACGCGCAGGCCACGAUCGCCAUCGACCAGUCGUGGCGGCAGAUCUGCUUCAAGGGCGAGGGGGGGGACAAGUGCUGCACCGCGUGGUCCACCGCCGUGCCCUGGCUCAGGCAGGGCGACCUCGCGGCCAACGCCAACACAAUCAUGCAGACGUGCACGAACAACGGGGUUUCCGGCAAGAUGUACGGCGUCAGGCUCCAGUCGACCUGCCUCAACCAGUGUGUCUCCAGCGGUCACGGCUGCAACAACAGUGCGGGAUAA